GGGAUGGCCCCAAAAUAGCAUUUCCCGGUGCAACGUUGGUGCAAGUGCAAGUGCACCGUUGCACCGCUCUCUACCGUUCUUUGCGAAGAAGAUCAAACCUGCCCCAUGACGUACAACACGCCCGUCACCCUCAUCAUGUUGCUAUGUCUAACUGCAUUCUCCAUUCUCGGAGUCCUGAUCAUCACACCGCCUGUUCCAUGCGCCCCUUCAACAACGUGCGGCGACGGGCGCGUGUGCCCCGCGCACUUCACCUGCUGUGAUUCGGGAUGCUGUGCCCCUCUAACCCCUCCACCGCGCCGCGACGUCGAGGACGCUCUGCGUGCCUAUGCCCGCCCUUGGUACACGCAAUGGCCGGUGCUGUUUCUGCUGGGUACGCUGGGCGGGAUUCUGAUGUGCUGCAUCUACUGCCUGUUCAUCAAGCGCAACCACCCUCGUCACGGCGUCUACAUGUGCUCAUUCGUGUGCUGCAUGCGUCGUCCUCGCUCUGCCCGCGACUCGACUGGCUCCCUCUACGCCCCGCCGCGGUACUCCCGCUGCGGAUCCUUUCACACGGCUCCACCUCCGUAUUCUGAAGUCACAGCGAAACCUGAUCUAUAUCCCCUGGUCAUCACAUGUGGAGAAGGAGAAGGGAAAUCCCCCGGCACCUACCUUAUGGUGCACUACUUCCGAAACUAUGUAAUUGGUGCAUCAGGUUCUCUCUCAGCGGCGAGUACUGCAGAAUCUCUUAACUCCAGCUUUAUAUGUAACGCAGCGAAUGAGGCAAAUUCAAUAAUACCACCUCCUUACUCUUGCGCGAGCGGGUAUGAGGAGUGCGGCAGCAACGGGAUCGGGCGGGGCUUGCUACGUUCGCUGUCCUCGCUAACGGACCGCGACGCCGCCGCGCCGCCGCCGCCACGCUCCCGCACCGCACCCGAUGCUACCCCGCGCGCGCGCCCGCCACCCGCCUUCCGCGACAACCUCAUCACCUCCCCCGUGCAGCCACUGGAUCCCGCGUUCGACCUCGAGCUGGAGCUGAUCGACUGUGAGAUGUACUGCGACGGCGGGUGUAAACCUCGGCUAGGUUCUUCCCCGCCGUCGAGGUCACCGCUGGGCGCGGACGAGGCUUGCGAGCGUGAGGCGCGUGCCCUCAGACGGCUGCUACGCGGCGAAGCAUCUCCGACUCCCGCCUGCCCCUCGCCCCCGCGCCCCACCAGCCCCACGCAGUCACGCGAAUCAACCCUGCAGCGCCCCGAACGAGCCAAGCGCACGAGAAAGUCCAGCGUUUACUUACCGCUGCACUCGGCGGGGCAGGCUAAAGGCCGGGCGCGCUCCGAACCGGCGACACCGUGCGGCGCGCUGGUGCCCAAUCUGCUGACGCUACCGCAUCGCAUGUCGUCACGUUAUAGCUCUCGCGCCUCUCGCUGCGGCGACGAGGGCGACCCGCUGUUAUUCGACGUAGAACAGGGUCGCUCUGAACAUAAAUUUUAACUCUGACACUGCUGGUACCUUCUCGGGCUCUGCCGCUGAAAUGCCUACUUAAAUAUAUGUGCUUUGAACUCCCAUAAUUGUGACCCCUCCCCUUCAGUGUUAAAAUAGAUGAAUGUUCGCAGAUUUUAAAAAGCAAAAAAAAUGUAAUACAAUCGAUGUCAAAUUCCGUGAGUGGACUUUCAGGGAACGUCCACCGCCGCCGGCCUAAUGCAAAUUAAGAAGCGAGAGAGCGGGCUCCACGUUAGUUAGUUCAGUAUGAGUAAGGUACGCGAUCCGUGAGGUCCACUUUAUUAUUGUUGUGAUUUUACUUAAUUAUAUGAUCUGUGCUCAUUAUACUAAAGAGCAAUUAUGUAAUUAAGUGGGUAGUUAGUCUAAAUCUAAAUGUUAUUCAGAACUUUUAUUGUAUUUAGCUAUAAGGGAAAUUAAGAGCUUGUUGGACCAUUGUUCACUUGCCUUC